AUGGAAUACCUCAUUCGGUUCGUCCAGGCGCAUGAGAGUUUUCGGCGGCCGGAGAUCGAGGCACUCUCGACACUCGAGCAAUUACCCUGCGAGAUUGUGUCCUAUGCCGAGACUUCUCCCUUCUGUGUGGUGAGGUUUCCUGCCUCCGGCCCACGACAUGGCACGGGUGGUUCCCUACCGGUGGUGGAGGACGUUUCUUUCGAGAGCCUUGAGGCCAGAAUAAAGAACUUUGAAAGCCGCUCUGUCUUGUCAAAGUGCAUCUAUGAAAUAUGGGGACAGGGACGGGAUUAUGAAGAACUUCACGUGGAUGUGAAACGGAAAAGUCACCACCUGUGGGAUCGCUUUCGCCAUGUAUCAUUCAAGUUUUCAGUCGACUCUUACUGUAGCACGAGAGAUGUGGACCAACAAAGACAGAUUAUCGACUCAUUUAAAUACCUUGAUUUCAGGGGCAAGAUCAAGAUGAAGAAUCCGGAAGCCGAGUUCUCCAUCUUGGAAGAGUGGCUUCCUUGGAUCUCCCCGAGUGACAUUCAAGAGCACACGUCAGCCUGUGAUGCAGCAAUCGACAAAGUAGCAGGUACAAGUCUGAGAAGAGUGUUUCUCGCCCGCAAGAUUGGCGAUUCGCGUCGUUGGCUGAGAGAGAAGCAUGACCUCAAAAAGCGGCCGUAUAUCUCAACAACAUCAAUGGACGCAGAGUUGGCGCUGCUGACGGCGACUAUGGCCCUAGCGAGCCCUGGAAAGCUUUUUCUGGAUCCUUUUGUGGGAACUGGUGGUUUCAUGGUCGCCGCUGCAGAGCUGGGAGCUGUUGUUCUGGGAUCAGACAUCGACGGCCGCAGUUUUCGCGGAAAAGGCUCCGGUCUGAUCCAAGGGGUUGGAGCAAAUUUUCAAAAGUAUGGGUUAACGCAUUUGUUUGGGGACUGUCUGACUUCCGACUUGACGAAUACACCGUUCCGCUGUGCUGCGACAUCGUCCAGGUCGAGCGACGGUCGGUGGCUGGAUGGGGUUGUUUGUGAUCCUCCUUACGGCGUACGUGAAGGAUUGAAGGUGCUUGGAGUGAAAUUGAGGCAGAGUCGCAUGGAGGCAGCCGAAAUUAACGGCGAAGGAUCCGGUCUGGCAGAGAGUUCCAAACCGCUGACGGAACUUUUGGUCAACGGCGUCCCGGCGCAUACGCUGCCUGGGUAUGUCGCGCCAAAGAAACCCUACUCCUUCGCGCGUAUGCUUGACGAUAUCCUGGACUUCGCCGCUAGAACACUGGUCGAUGGUGGCCGUGUCGCAUUCUGGAUGCCGACCGCGAACGAAAACGAAUUCGGUGAUGAAGAAGCCACCAUACCGACGCAUCCCCAUCUCGAACUGAAACACGAGUGUAUCCAGAGAUUCAACAAGUGGAGUCGAAAAUUACUGGUGUAUGAGAGAAUGCCCGGGAUCCUCGAUUUAGAGGUACACAUUGACGGAUUUGCUGGUCGAGAGGGGAAAUCGACAGCAAGCGCUGGUCGUACAGCCGACGAGCUGAAUCCUUUUCGUAGAAGAUAUUUUCAGUCCUUUGGCGCAGACAGGAAUGCAAGCUAG